AUGCGCACGUACGACGACACGUUCUCCGGACAGAGAAUCUACCCUGGAAAGGGUAAGCUCUACGUCCGCGGUGACUCCAAGAUCUUCCGUUUCCAGAACGGAAAGUCCGAGUCCCUCUUCCUCCAGCGCAAGAACCCCCGCCGCAUUGCCUGGACCGUCCUGUACCGUCGCCAGCACCGCAAGGGUAUCUCUGAGGAGGUCGCCAAGAAGCGCACCCGCCGCACCGUCAAGGCCCAGCGUGCCAUCGUCGGUGCCUCCCUCGAUGUGAUCAAGGAGAAGCGCUCCAUGCGCCCCGAGGCCCGCUCCGCCGCCCGCGCCGCCGCCAUCAAGGAGUCCAAGGACAAGAAGAACGCCGACGCCGCCGCCAAGAAGGCCGAGAAGGCCAAGACCGCCGCCGCCGGUGGCAAGAAGGGCCCCAUCGCCUCCAAGCAGGGCUCCAAGGGCGCCGCCCCCAAGGUCCAGGCCCGUACCCGUUAA